CAUACAAGUGGUUUAACCUAAUUUAGGGUCAGCCGUCACACUUCAUCUCCUGACUAUCUCCACUGGUUUUCAAAUCUUAUUAACAAAACCAAAUCGUUGCUGCAAGAUCUGUUACAAUUUUGUUCUCCUUCUGAUAUCGGUAUGCUAUGAAGGUCUGUAUGCAUGGGAGGCUUUUCUGUUUUAAGAUCCCUUGGCGAUUAUUUUUCUCUCAUUGUUGGAAUUGGGGGUCUCGGAAAUUUUAGAUUUGAAUUCUAUCAUGCGUUUCAUGUCUCUAACUUAUUUGAAGAAUUGGGUACAAGAAACAGGAAAGGAGAAUGGUUACGUAAUUGUUACCCGCCGAUCGAAAAAUAUUGGCGGUACUACUGGGAUGGUAUGGCUUGUGUGCGACCGUAGUGGUGAGCACCGUAGUAAAGCAACAGUUAGGAAAGCUGGUAGCAAAAAAAUCGGUUGCUCAUUUUCAUUACUCGCCAUCCGGGACGUGACGAAUGACACGUGGGAGUUAAAAGUGGACAACGCGAACCAUAACCACGAACCUACGACGAGUCUGUUGGGCCACGCUUUUGUGCGAAGAUUUACUAAAGUCGAAUACAAGCUAGUGGAGCAGCUAACUGCUCAAAACAGGGAGCCACGUAUCAUAUUUCAAACCCUAAGAAAGCCAUUCCCCGACAGCCUGCAUGUUGAGAAAGACGUGCAAAAUGCGGUACAUAAAAUUAGAGCGACACUGAUGGACGGAAAGACUCCUAUGCAGGCACUGGAAAAGCGUGCUGCAUGACAACCGAUUCAUUUACGACACCCGACAGGAACCCAAAACAGAUGUCGUAACAGAGAUUUUCUUUGUUCAUCCUUAUUCAAUCACUAUGUGGCGUGCAUUCCCGCACGUGAUGUUGAUCAACGUGACCUACAAAACAAACAUCUACAACAUGCCAUUUGUCCAGGUUGUGGGUUUGACGUCGACCAACAAGUCUUUUUGUAUCGCACAUGCCGUUAUUUGCAAAGAACGAAGGGAUAACUACAUCUGGGUGCUUGAGCGGAUCAAGUCAAUGUUGCAUGAAUGUAUGAUGCCGCGUGUGAUAGUCACGGAUAGAGAGUUUGCCCUAAUUAACGCGUGUGCUAAAGUAUUCCUGAACGCAUCUAGGCUUCUAUGCCAGUUUCACAUCGAACAAAAUAUAUGUAGACAUUGCAAGCAAGGGUUCAAUAAAGAAGAUUGGGGGAAAUUUAUGUCGUACUGGCGGAGAGUGUGCGAAUCUGCUUCAGAGCCCAUGUACAAGUACAACUUGGAGAAACUGUAUAACCGACUCGUGGUUGCCAAGCGAGAAACUCUGUUCUUCCCCAAAUAAAAAACACACACAUAUACAGAGACAUACGAAGGAGACUACGUAUAGGCGACCGUAUACGACACGAAUUCGAAGUAUAAACCAGGACGAGAAAGAUGGAGGAUGAAAUGGAUAUAGAACAAAUUAAUCCGGCGCAGCCGCAGCCACAUGAGCGUCAACCGGCGGAUCCUCUCGAGAAUCACCCGUAUUUGGAGUUUCCUCUGGAAUCCGACGCUGCUCUCCGUUGCGAGAAGCGUCGGAAGAUGCAUGUCGGUGCCAAUUUUGCGGUUUCUUGGAAAACCCUCCGGCAGCUCGCGGUUGAAGAUUAGGUGCGGGAGUUUGUUCCCCUUGAUUCACCGUGGGAUCGACUGUUCGAGCUAUCAUUUACUCUUAGCUACAGGGAGAUACUGAUCGAGUUUCUGUCGUCGUUCGAGUUUCAUCCUCGUCUGCCAGAUCAUGCUGUGGACCCCGCGCAGCCCCCUCCCCCGCCUGAGAUUUCUUUUUGCAUGGCUGGCCAGGCGCGUUCUAUGUCGCUUGCAGAGUUUGCGGUGCAUAGCGGUUUGUAUACGGAGGCUGAGAUCGCUACGGAUCUAUAUACGACGGGGUUGGUAAUGGUUGAUAAACCCACGCUUUUAGGGUUUUGGGCUCAGAUCGCGGACAUCCGUCAUUGGGACCACCGACAAUCCAAGGGGAGGGUUACGCUGAUUAAGAAUCCGCUCUUCAGGUAUUUGCACAAAAUGAUUUCCACUUCGAUUACUGCUCGAAACAAAAGCCGGGAGUGGUGUACCAGUGGUGACUUGUUUUUCUUAUAUUGCCUCUUAUACAAGAGGUCGUGCGCUCUCGCCUACGGGUUGGCGCAGUACUUCGCCUCCGCGCAUCAUCGACAUGAGCGCGGACUGUUAUACGGCGGCGCCUACGUGACUAGGAUAGCCCUUUCGUUGGGCUAUCAUCCGGAGAGUGACCGCGACCGUGUAGGCCCGGCGAAACAGCCGAAGCGGUUGGGGAUGAACACAUUAUCCGGAAUGCACGUUACCAAAGAUUUACCAUGCGGGAAGCGGUUAAAGAAUCAGGACGGCGAGCAAUACCAGCUUACACAGCUGCCGGCACAGUUCGCUCCGGUAUUUCCCCUGCGCGAUCCGGAGGUGCCGGAGCCGCAUGAGCCGGCCGUUGUCAUUCCGGAGCCACCACACCCGCGUGGACCACUCGGGGCGCCUCAGUUCCCAUGCCAUGUUUGGCCCGGUCCUGACCCAUCACAUCAGGGGCUACUUCGGUAUGUUGAAAGGAACAACUAUCUGUUGGAUUGGGUAUCUGUUGGAUUGGGUGGCUGCAUGAGCGCCGACAGCAUGACGGGUUACCUCCACGACCCUUCAUUACGGAUGCGGAAUGGGAUCAGCAUCAGCAGCAGGAGCAGCAGCCAUAGUAUUUUAUCAUCUUAUCAUUUUGCUGUAUAUAUCAAACUUUUGGUGUACAUAUAAAACUUUUGAUGUAAACGGUUUAACAUAUUCAAACAGUACCCAGGUAUUUCCACUUAUUUAAGCUAUAAUAUUUUAAAGUUA